AUGCCUACCAGAUUCAGCAAGACCCGAAAGCACAGAGGCCACGUUUCCGCCGGUUACGGUCGAAUCGGUAAGCACCGAAAGUCCCCUGGUGGACGAGGUAUGGCUGGUGGUCAGCACCACCACCGAACUAACAUGGAUAAGUACCAUCCUGGUUACUUCGGUAAGGUCGGUAUGCGAUACUUCCACAAGCAGCCUAACCACUUCUGGAAGCCCGUCGUCAACGUCGAGAACCUGUGGGCCCUUGUUCCCGCUGAGAACCGAGACAAGUACCUCUCUUCUGCCUCCGAGUCCGCUGCCCCCGUCAUCGACACUCUCGCUCACGGUUACGGCAAGGUCCUCGGUAAGGGUAAGCUCCCCAACGUCCCUGUCAUCGUCAAGGCUCGAUUCGUCUCCGAGAUCGCUGAGAAGAAGAUCAAGGCCGCUGGUGGUGUCGUUGAGCUCAUUGCCUAA